AUGGCAAACGAACGCGAUAACUCGACCAGGGGCGCAGACCAGAGCGCUCCGAUCUUCGAAUACCCGAUUCCUAUCGAUAACUAUACCCAGAUCGCCUUGCUGGUGGUCUCAUGGCUUUGCAUUGUCGUCUGCAUAUGUGUGGUGACGAUGCGCGUAUGGGCAAGGCGCCGAGUCACUCCAAGACUGGAUGGGGCCGACUACUGUACCUUGACUGCCCUGUUUUUCAACACGGCGCUACAUGUCGACAUCUUGAUCAUGGUACAUCGAGGCGGGUUUGGUUUCCAUGUCGACGAGAUAGCCAAGCGGUUCGGGCCGGAUGCUCUAGAGCUCUUCUUCAAGGUCAUCAUCUCUUUCACCCUACUCUGGUGUGCAACGACGGCCUUCACCAAACUAUCGGUCCUGCUACUAUUCACAACCCUCUUCCCGACGAGGAGGAUGCGGAUGGCUGCAUAUGUCAUGGGAGGCUUUAUCAUCGUGUGGUGCACCGGAGCCGUCGUCGCGACGCUGCUCAUGUGCCAGCCGUUCGAGAUGAACUGGAACCGUUCCAUACCCGGAGGGCACUGUGGGGAUGACCCCCUGUUUUAUACAAUACUCGGAGUGAUCAACAUCAUCGUCGAGGUCGCCAUCUUGCUGCUCCCCAUGCCGGUGAUCUACAAGCUCAACAUGCCACUGCACCGAAGACUUGUCGUAGUCGGCAUGUUCAGUCUCGGGUUCGGCACGUGCGCCGUGACGAUAUACCGUCAGACCAAGCUGGAGGGCCUGGACUUUGAGGACAUGACGCACGAGGGCGCCGUGGCCACCCUCCUGUCGGGCCUCGAACCCUCGGUGGCUCUCACGCUGGCCUGCAUCCCCUUGCUGCGGCCUCUGCUGUGCCGUCGCCCGGACGGCAAGACAUCAUACCCAUCAAGCUUUUACCUCGACAACGGCCGCGGCAGCAGAAGCGGCGACAGCCGAAGGGAGAAGAGGCCGGACAGGACGGGGACGAGGCAGUUGGAUGAGGAGGAAUGCGACCCCGUCGUCGACGUCGGUCUCGAACAGCAUCGGGACGUACUCGACGACGUUGAGCUGAAUCCCGUCAGGGGGAGUCUUGUCGCACAUGAAGUGGAAAUUUUGGCCCAAGAAUCCGAAUCAGGGGAUCUCUUGCGAAGGACAACGUAA